UCGCUUUAGAUCAACGCCUCAGUGCUGUGAAUAUAGAUCAGUUGCAGUUUACUAGCACGGCAGAGGCAGAAGAGAAGGAGAAGGGGAAGAAGAAAAAACCGACUGUCUUGGCCUCCUGUGCAAUAAAUCAUUCACUUACAAAAAGAAACCUAGUUCACGUUCUACGAUAUUCGACGCGCUGGUUGUAACCAGAGUGGAUCACAAGGAUGGGAUAUGCCAACAAAACCUUCAAAAGAUACGCUCUCUUCCUUUGGAUUGCAUCUUUGCAUCUUUUAAUAGAAGGCAGACCAAGGCAACCCAGGUGCCCCACGUCGUGUAUAUGCACUAGAGAUAAUGCUCUGUGUGAAAAUAUCAGAAGCGUUCCGCAGAGUUUCCCCCCUGAUGUCGUUUCUUUAUCGUUUGUUAAAUCUGGAUUCAACGAAAUUCCUGACGGAAGCUUCCUGCACACACCAGCACUGCAGCUUCUCCUGUUCACUGCAAACUCCUUUGAGGCCAUUCGUGAAGAUGCUUUCCUUGGUCUUCCACAUCUCGAGUACCUGUUUAUCGAAAACAACAAAAUCAAAUCGAUUUCUCCAAAUGCUUUUCAAGGACUUAAGUCGCUUAUUCACCUGAGCCUGGCAUAUAAUAAUCUUCAGACACUCCCUAAAGAUGUUUUCAAAGGCUUGGAGGCAUUAAUAAAGGUGGAUCUCAGAGGCAAUGCCUUUAACUGUGACUGCAAAUUGAAGUGGUUAAUUGAAUGGAUGCACAACACAAAUGCAACUGUGGAUCAAAUCUAUUGUGCAGACCCACCAGCAUAUCAAGGGAAGAAAAUCAAUGAUCUUGACCCGCAAUCAUUUGACUGCAUAACAACAGAAUUUGCUUCAUACCAGUCCCUGAAAUUUGAGUCCAUUUCAGUGGAUUCCUUCUCUUACAAGAAUGAUGACCAUAUUGUGAUUGCCCAGCCUUUCAUGGGAAAGUGCAGCUUCCUAGAAUGGGAUCAUGUUGAAAUGGUCUUCCGGAAUUAUGAUAACAUUAGCAGCAUUUCCACGGUCGUCUGCAAACCAAUGGUGAUAGAUACUCAGCUGUUUAUCAUUGUUGCACAGCUUUUUGGAGGCUCCCACAUUUACAAACAGGACAACUCUGCAAACAAGUUCAUCAAAAUCCAGGAUAUUGACAUCCUCAAAAUCAGGAAGCCUAACGACGUGGAAACCUUCACAAUCGAUGACACCUCAUACUUUGUCAUUGCCGACAGUUCCAAAGCAGGUUCUACAACAGUUUACAAGUGGAAUGGAAAUGGGUUCUACUCCCAUCAGUCCCUCCACCCCUGGUACAGAGAUACGGAUGUGGAAUAUCUCGAAAUAGCCAACAAACCGCACUUGAUUCUGUCGAGCAGCUCCCAGCGCCCUGUUAUCUAUCAGUGGAACAAAUCCCAGAAAUUGUUUGAUAGGCGCACAGACAUUCCUGAAAUGGAGGAUGUCUUUGCGGUCAAGCAUUUCAAAGUGAAUAACGACCUGUACAUCUGCCUCACCAGGUUUAUUGGGGACUCCAAAGUGAUGAAGUGGGAUGGCUCUAUGUUUUUGGAGAUACAGACAGUGCCAUCUAGAGGAUCAAUGGUGUUCCAGCCUUUUGCUGUGAACAACUGGCAGUACGGAAUUCUCGGGAGUGACUACUCCUUUACACAAGUCUACCGCUGGGAUGUGAAGAAGAGCCAGUUUGUUAAUUUCCAGGAGUUAAAUAUCCAGGCUCCGAGGGCUUUUACACUUGUUUCUAUUGACAACCGUGAGUUUCUGCUGGCUUCUAGUUUUAAGGGAAAAACACAGAUUUAUGAACAUCUCAUACUUGACCUAAGCAAUUAAUAGAAGCAGACCUUACUUGUAUUUACACUGCAGUAAAGAAUAACUGCUCUUAAUGGAAAUGGACAUGUUGUUGGAUUAUAUGCAUGAUAUAUCCCACUAAUAAUACUUCCAGGUGAAUGUCUUGCUAGAAGUAUCUAUCUCUUUUGGUUGUCGUCAUUUAGUGUUCUUGAAUUUUCCUUUCUUUUCUAACAAAGACCACUGUUAACUUUACCAUUGGGACUAUAAACUACAUAACUGUGCAAUCACAUGUGUUACUAAAGUGCGAAAUAAUAAUAAUAAUAAUAAUAAUAAUAAUAAUAUACACCUUUUCAUCUAUUUAUUAACCUAUUUAGAAGAAAAUAUACAGAUCUGCCAAAUAACAUGUUUACAUUUCUCUGUCUUUCUAGUUGCAAGCAAAAUCAUUUAUAAAUUAAGCUUUUGUAAAUAUGAGGGACCGUGUCAAUCAGAAAAAAAUAUUUCAUAUUAAGAUCUGCCGUUGAAAUUUUAA